AUGCGAUCACCAGAAGCCAUUCCCGUGGAAAAGUUAGCAACGGAUAUCGAGAUUGCCUAUGGGGGUCUGGGCCAUGAUAUUCCAGCCAGAAAUGACGAGGACAUCCUCGAGCCCCUGCAGAUUCUAUUGGCGACUCGCCGAGGCAUGCGUGCGGAUCGUUCUCUAUCCUCUCUCGAAGUCCCUGGGGACCGAACCAUUGUGUUUGUCGGUCCAUCUGGCGGGGCUGUCAAAGACAUACCCAUAUGGGCCCAGGUGGUCGAGUUACUCGGCAUGAAAGUACUCAUUAGCUUUCUGCUCUUUGGGCUUACCAAGUCAUACAUGGAAGAUGUGUUUAGCCGGCGUAACAUACAGAAUGCGGGAGAGAAUCUUCCCCUUCAGGUUGCUGAAUAUGUCACCGCUGCGUGGGUCGUCGUCCUAAUUUUGGCACGGACAUAUGUAAAAAGAGCCAUGGCCACUGCUAUACCGCCGUCAUUCGAUCCGCAAUCUUACGAGUACCGCUUGGCGCAAGCCAUGCAGCAGCGUGGAAUGUCCUAUCGCGAAGUAGUGACGUAUCCUCAAAAGAAGAUGGAGAGUAUCUGUUCGAGAAAUCUCGACGUACGAGAGAUUUUUCGAAUUGAAGCGCUUGAGGAUCCGGAGUGUGCGGAGUGGACUUGUGAUAUCUUGGUCAAAUUUUGGAGUAAUGGACAGGUUGAGAUGCAGUUUGCUGAGCUCAAUAAUCAGGACUGGAGCUUGACUCGAACUAAGUAUCAAAUAGGAUUGAGCCGCUGUGAUAUAGAAAAGGUCAUGACGGUCGUCUCAUGA